UCCUGGUGGCCACCAAUCUGUUUGGCCGAGGGAUGGACAUUGAGCGAGUCAACAUCGUCUUCAAUUAUGACAUGCCCGAGGACUCGGACACCUACCUCCACCGGGUGGCCCGUGCCGGUCGCUUUGGCACCAAAGGCCUGGCUAUCACUUUUGUGUCUGAUGAGAAUGAUGCCAAAAUCCUCAAUGAUGUUCAGGAUAGGUUUGAAGUAAAUGUGGCGGAGCUUCCUGAAGAAAUUGACAUCUCCACGUACAUUGAGCAGAGCCGGUAACCACAACCUGACAUCCCGGAGCCACCCUGCUUCCCACGUGCUGCUUCAAGUCCUCUUUCUAGGCGACAGUGCGGCUUUCUUUUUCUGUUCAA